AUGGCGACUAUUACAUUCACCAACAACUACAUUAGAGUCAGCUGUGACCCAACAGUCAAGUCGAUCAAUCUAUUCCUCACCGACGAGGGCGAAGAGCUGCCUAACAACAGCAAGUUCAGCGAGAAGCAAUACUCUGGCGACUCCAAAAAAGCGGUCGUCACCUACAAGGUACCCCCACCAGCACCGACCACCUACUCGGUCGGCCAGGGCGUUGUCUUUCCUGACGGUGCUCAAGUCACUAUCACUGGAGGAGCAGACGGCUCUAUGCUAGUUCAGGCAGCAGACAAGAACGGAAACAAGGGCACUUGGAUUUUGGUGGGUGCCGAUGAGGAGGACUGA